AUGAGCAAAAAUAAAACAAACGAUUCAAGUCUGCGUCAUUCGAACAAUUCGAUCCGUACUGAAGCGUCUGGUGGAUCAUCUGGAUCUGGAUCUGAUGAAAGCCAAGGCCGAAAGAACCGAGUUAAUAGCCCCCCUCCUUUACUGGCACAUUCAAGUAGUAAUGUAAGGGUUGUUUCUCAAAAUAAGGUUAAUCGUGGUGUUGGGGGGUCAACUGGAGUUGGAGUAGUAAAUACUCUUUCACCAACUAGAAGUAACGCUUCUGGUGAUAAUAGUAAUACGGUAUCUCCACCUCCUACACCUACGCCUAAAAAGCUGUCAAGUAUUCCCAGAGCGAACGAAAACCUGAAACUAAUAGAUCACGGACAGCAAGACGCAAACCCUUUAAGACCUAUGAUCUCUCCAGCAUACCAAGGUCAUUAUCCGUCUUUAAGGUCCCCGUUGGCAAAUGAGCUUUUCCACAGGAAUGGAGAUGAAUUUGAUUCUAUUAAUUAUAACUUUAAUUCUAUUGACAAUGCCGCCAGCACCACCACUGGUGAUGGUCCCCGAGGAGUUAAUGGGAGGAAUGAAGCUUCAAAUUUGGCUAGAUUUGGAAAGCUUAUAGACACAGAGAUGAGCCAUGCAUCUAGUUAUGGUUCACAAUCAAACAACCUUCAAAUAUUCAAUGAUCCUCUAUAUUCAUCUACUUAUACCAUACAAACAUCACCUGACAUUGAAAGUUUACUGUGGAGAGAAAUCAUUCCUUAUUAUCUCCCAUUUCUUUCUUGGGUCCACAAGUAUUGUCUUAAUUAUUUCAUUGGUGAUUUGAUUGGUGGUCUUACCCUUAUAGUAUUCCAACUUCCCUUAUGUCUUUCAUAUGCGACGUCAUUAGCCAAAGUUCCUGUUAAAUGUGGCUUGCUUUCCCUUGGUAUCAGUCCCUUGAUUUAUCUAUUUUUUGGAAGUGUACCACAAAUGAUUGUGGGUCCAGAAGCACCCAUUCUGUUGAUAGUAGGCCAAGCAGUGGAGCCGCUAUUGCAUCAUGCUCAAAAACAUAAUUUAGAUCCAGUAGAAUAUGUCGUGGCCAUAACAUUUGUUAGUGGUGCAAGUUUACUCGGAUUUGGUCUUGGAAGAUUUGGAUUCUUAGAUAACGUUUUAAGUGCUUCAUUACUUAAAGGUUUCAUCUGUGGGGUUGGAUUUGUUAUGAUCAUCAACUCUUCAGUUUCUAUGUUGGGACUUACUGCAUUGAUGAAGGAAAUAAGUGACGAUCCUCUGAAAAUGGAUAUUCAUUCUCCAUUGGAUAAGCUUUACUUCUUAUUCCAUUACUACCAUAAAAUGAAUUUUUUAUCGUUCAAAAUAAGCAUUAUUGGAUUCGUGGCUGCUAUGGUAUCAAGAUACUCUAAGAAGGUCUUUGCAAAGAGUAAUAAACGGCUUCUUAAAUUUGCGAUUUAUUUUCCAGAGAUUAUGGUGGUUGUUGGAACAGCAACCAUUCUUUGUCAUAAGUAUGCUUGGAAUGAACGUGACAUUGAUAUCAUUGGAAGUAUUCCCACUGGUUCUAUUGACAUUUAUUCUCCAUUCAACAAACGGAUUUUGGUACUUAUGAAGCAAUUAUCAACUUCUGGCUUCUUAUGUGCUAUGCUUGGGUUCUUUGAAAGUACUACAGCAUCUAAGUCACUUGGAACAGCGUAUGAUUUACCCAUUUCUUCCAACAGAGAGCUUGUAGCUUUGGGAUCUAUUAAUAUUGUUGGAAGUCUCUUUGGUGCUUUACCAGCUUUUGGAGGUUACGGCCGGUCUAAAAUCAAUGCUAUCUCAGCAAAAACGACCAUGCUGGGAGCAAUUAUGGGUAUUUGUACGCUUUUAACGGUCAAAUAUCUUUUAUCAUACUUAUUUUACGUUCCAAUAUGUAUGCUUAGUGUUGUUACAGCCAUUAUUGGACUACUGUUAAUAGAGGAAGCACCCGGUGAAGUACUUUUCCAUUAUCGUGCUCGUGGAUACAACGAAUUGGUUACUUUUUUUGUCACUGUUACAGCAACUCUUGUCUUUUCAAUGGAAGCAGGAAUAAGUGUGGGAUUAGUGUAUCUGUUGAUUAGAGUGAUCAAACAUGGUGCUGAAUCUCGAAUACAAAUUUUGGGAAGACAACCGGGCACUAAUUCAUUUGUCAAUGCAGAUAUACCUUCAUUUACCCGAACAUUGUUUGAUGAUGAUAAUUUAGACGAUAUGAACCAAUUGAAUAUGUUUAUUGAUCUGAAUUUCACUACACUUAAUACUCAAGCCAUAGAGGAAAUACAAGGGUGUUUAAUUGUCAAGAUACCCGAACCUCUAACAUUCAUGAAUACCAGUGAUUUAAGAUCUCGUUUAAAACGUCUAGAACUCUACGGGUCAGCACAUACACAUCCCGGACAUCAAAGAAUGCGUGGCGAAGACAUGACCAAGUAUGUUAUAUUUGAUUUACAAGGGAUGAUUGAAUUUGACUCUUCAGCAGCACAAAUACUUAAAGGUUUAAUCAAUGGAUACAUUGAUCGUGGGAUUAUAUGUUUCUUUGUUCGUGUUCACCCAAAUAUUCGAUUGCGCAGUCGACUUUUGAACACGGGGAUUUUCGACUUAUUGGUUGAUAUGCUCAUCAAACUUGAGUACUUUUCUAGAAUCGAUAGACUUCAGAUUGAGUUUUCAGAUGUUGAUGAAGAGCUUAACAAUUUGACUGAAUCUGUUGAAACACCUUACUUUCUUCAUAUCAGUGAUGCAUUGAAGGCCAUAGAUUACUAUGAGCUGAACAUGAUGAAGACUGGAGAAUCAUAG